AAACUUCUUGAAGGAUGUUAUCUCUCCAACGCAGGCCUAGGGGCGACCGUCCAUACAAGCAGUCGAAAUGAGGCCCAACUCAACGAAUGCUUACAUGAAUGGAAGACAAAGGGAUUUCAAGUCACUGGUUCUGUGUACGAUGCAGUGUUUCGAGCCCAACGAGAGGAACUAAUUAGCACCGUCUCCUCACUAUUUAAUGGCAAACUCAACAUCCUGAUAAACAAUGUGGGAAGCAACAUACAUAAAAUGACCGCAGAGUACACAGCUGAAGAUUUCUCAUUCUUUAUGUCUACCAAUCUUGAAUCUGCUUAUCACAUGUCUCAACUUGCUUAUCCUCUUCUAAGAGCUUCGAGAGCAGGAAGCAUUGUUUUCGUUUCUUUCGUUGCCAGUGUAGUAGCAGUAAAUAUUGGAAAUAGUAUAUACAGUGCAGCUAAAGCUAGCAAGAAGUUUGGCAUGUGAGUGGGCAAAAGAUAACAUAAGGAGUAACUCGGUUGCACCUUGGUUUAUCAGAACCCCCUUGGCUGAAAUUGUAAGAUUCUUUUCCUUGUCUGUGAUUUUCAUAGAGGGGGAUUAAUUAAGACAUGACAAGAAUCUAUUUUCUCUCUUUUUUGCAGUUUCUGAGGGAUGAGAAAAUGUCUGAGGCUGUUGUCUCUCAAACACCUCUUGGAUGUAUUGGAGAGCCAAAGGAGGUUUCUUCCAUGGUGGCAUUCUUAUGCCUACCUGCGGCUUCAUACAUAACUGGUCAGAAUAUUUGUGUUGAUGGCGGAACUACAGUAAAUGGCUUCUCAGUGCCCUGAGCAUGCUUUGAAACAGCAGAAAAUGAUGUUUUUAUUGGUACAACAUUUGUAUCAAGGGAUGCCUAUAAACCAUGCACUUUAUUUUCAAGAUCAAAAGCAAUAAGUCGUGUAAAA